GUAAAUAAAUGUAAAGAUUAGUUGAGGAAAAAAUGAUUGUAAAAAAUUAAAAACAUUAUAUUGAUACAGCAAUAAAAAUCGCGUGAAUAUUAUGAUAUUGUAAAAAAAGCUAAAAAAUUUUUAAAGAAAAAAAUUUGCAUGUUUUUAACUUUUGUAUUACCUUGGGAAGAUGUAUUCCGUUUUAAUCAUAGCUUCUCACUUGUCUUCAGGCUGAAGCUGUCAUCGCAACGAUAAGAUUAUGACAUAAGAUUCCUUUGUUUCACGUAAAUUGGUGAGUUCUCACUCCUCAAAAGAUUCUUGUAAAAUUUCGGGAAUUCCUGCACUAUUACCGAAAAAAAUUUCUCAUCAAGCGUCAUCGGUAUGCGAGAACGCACGCGAUCUUCAUGAUUGAUCGCGAUCGCGAGCCAGAAGAGAAUUGAAUUCAAAAGGAGCGAAAUGAGCGCGAAACGGCGAAGGGUGUCCUCGCGAUGCAGGCAAAACGCACGAAGAUGCAAGGUUGCCGAAUGCACAUUGGACACCUUACCGCCGGAAAUCUUCAGCAUCAUCCUGAAGAUGCUGCCGUUACAUGAUGUUGCCUGCACCGUUCGCCUAGUUUCCAGACGUUGCUAUGACAUUGCUGCCACGGUAUUGAACAGCGAGUUUCUAAUAGCUGGCACCAGGCUAAGGAUUGCAAUGAAGCGCACGGAAGACCUCAAGAAGAGUGUAAAGACCGGCAUGGAGUUACUAGAGUGCAACAAAAUUUUUAACGCGCUGGAACUCAUUUGGCUCCAAUAUCGGAUGUUGAAAGCGGUCACGUGGCGAUACACUCAUUCCAGGUCGCGCGACUCACCCGUCUCGUGCUUCUACGGCGGUAGGAUCCUCGAUAAUCUCAACUAUUUAUUACACUCUAUCUUCAAUUCCCCUUGUCGAGGAUCGUGCGUCUUCAGUUACGUUGAUUUGCAGAUCUUUGCGCGCACUUGCGAGAAUUUCAUGGAUCAUUUCGAGAAGGUCACCGAGCGCAGAUUAAAUGAUUCUGCGCUAGUCUCGGGAUGCAAGCUUGUCGACGUGCUGGAUUGUCUGGAGGAGGGUCGACAGGUACUGUCGUUUAGAACCUCAUCGAGGACAGGCAACCCAAUGAUCUGCAUGCAUCUCAAAUAUGUUCUAAAACGCGCCUGGUUCACGUGCUUACGGGUGCCCAAUGCGAGCAACGAGUAUUGCUGGCGGGACAAGCAGCGAUAUAUGUAUCUGAGAUUGCGGCGGCUGGUCGGCAGUUACAACAAGCAUCUGUUUCACAAGCUGCAUUAUGAGCGCAAGCUCAUUCUUCGAACGGCGCCACCGGCCUGGACGUAUUCGGGAUACGGAGAAUACGGAGGACAGUUUUUUUACUAUGGAAACAUGAGCAAGUACGCUUACGAGAAUAGAUUUAGGCACGCAAGAGUCAGAAGCGCGGAGAACACCGGCAGAGAAUUGGAAGAGGCGACUAAUAGACCGCCUUGCUUCGACGUAAUCAUCGGAGUCCAAUUAAGAUGUUCGCCGGAAUUGGCGCCGCUGACAGCAAAGAUGAAUCUGAAAACCGACACUUUUGAAGGUUGCGAUACCAAUUCGCCACAGGAAUUGUAUCUAAAAUUGAAUAUAAAAUGCGCGAUAUCCAAGAUCAACAGAUUGCCAAAUACUUUUACUUGGGAGGUGCACGGCCGUCGAAAAAACCGUCGCAAAUCGUUGCAAUGUCGUUAAAUUAUAUAUACAUUCUUAUAUUUUAUGUAUAAUAAUAUUUAGCGAUUAGACCGAUUUUUAUUGCCGUGCAAAAGAUAUGAAAUAAAAUUGUCCGCACAUUUUAUACGAGAGAUGUUAUCGUAGAUGUUAAGAUGAAGAAAAAAAAAAUGUUAGGAUGCUUAAUAAUUUUGAACACAGCUGUAUAUUGCACAACAAUAUU